UUCCAGGUUUAAUACGGAUCUUCUGAUCUGCUCCCUCAGACACCCCCUGUCCUCCUCCAGUAGCGCGCUCUGACCGCAGAACCGAAGCUCUCCACGCGCGGACGCGGACUCGGACUGUGAUGUGAUCAGGCUGGAUCUGGUCUCAUGAGCCGGUGGUGUCUUCUGCUGUGCGAUUCUGUUUUCGCGUUGAAAACUGCUGCUUGGACAAAUGCAUACAAAUGCAUUUAGGAGCUCAACGGACAAGGAGUGGACACGUUUCUCCCACAACUACAACGAGAUUCCUCGUCUUCCUCCUGUCAACAUGUGCGGCAGUGCUGACUGCAGAAGAGAGCUCAAGAGCUCAAGGUGUAGAUCUUAUUCAUCAGCUGGGCCUUUCCGGUCACAGAGACAUACACUCUUCCGGGACUCCUUACCUCACCUCCCUCGCUUCAUCUCUCUCCAUCCUGCCCCCUGGUGUUGGGGCUAUCCUCGGACGAGAUGCCCUCAUUGAGGCCCCAUCAUUGGGCUUGCUCCCCGCAGGCGUGGAGGAGGAGUUUUCCAUCAUAGUGAGUUUAAGCUCCUGGCGAGCGAACAAUGCCUUUCUUUUUAGUAUGCGUGACGGAAGGGACAGACUGCAGUUCGGCUUGCAGCUCCUGCCCGGCAAAGUGGUGGUUUACACAGGCGAGAAAGCGUCUGUCUACUUCAAGUACGAUGUGCAAGAUGGACAGUGGCACUCCUUCUCGGUGGGGGUUCGGCCGCGCUCCGUAUCCCUCUACGCGAGCUGCGGGGACGUCAGGUACAGCGAGGAAACACUGACGCGCCCGCAGACGUUGGGCUCCGAAGGCCGCCUCUCCGUGGGAAGGAUGGACUCCAGGGCGGUGCAGUUUGAAGGAGCAUUGUGCCAGCUGGACAUCUACCCCUCUGCCCAAGCUGCGGCACACUACUGCGACUAUCUUAAAAAACAGUGCAGACUGUCCGACACCUUCCGAUCUCUGUCCGGGAGCGCAGAGUCUCACUCCCCGUCAGCUUCCCCAAAGUUCCCCCGCAGCUCGUCCGAAUCGGACACUCUGAGAUUUGAUAAGGCCACCAACUCGAUUCCCACGGCACUUUUUGACCAGCUUUCAACCACAAGCUCUCCGAUGUUUCGCUCCAGCACACCUGGACUAAUAAAAACAUCUCCGAGACCCGUCGAUAACGCGCAGACCCUGGCCUUUACUCCGGAGACUACCACCAGCAACCCAGACAGUGAGAAUAAGCCACUUCUUAAGAAGCCAAGAGCAACUCGGGCCACCCCGGACUUGAUCACCAUCAUCAAGCAGAGCCGUUUGAAAGAGGCCUUCGGGAAUGACGGUAGAUCCCACCAGUCUAACAAGGAGCUUCUGCAGACCAAGCCUAAAGUGAACAACACCGUCCUGUACCGUGAAGAGAGCAGCUAUAACCUAGUGGAUCGAUCCGAGGAGCAGGUCACGGAGGGGAUGCACGACGCGGAAUACUCGGAGGGUUAUGGAUAUGACGACUAUGGUUUUGAAGAAGACGAAUAUUUCUUUGACUAUGACGGAUUUGUUGGUCCUAAAGGAGAACCGGGUCCUCCAGGUCCCGCCGGCCCCCCCGGUCUCCCCGGACCGCCUGGGAAGAGAGGACCGCGGGGUCCGUCUGGUCCUCACGGGAGCCCCGGGCCGCCGGGUUUACCUGGUCUGAAGGGAGCCAAAGGAGAUCCAGGACUGUCCCCAGGUCAGGCGCCGAAGGGUGACCCGGGUGAGAGAGGCCGGCCGGGUCCACAGGGUCCUAGAGGUGACUCGGGUCUGAAGGGUCCCAAAGGCUAUCCAGGACCAGCAGGUCUGCCCGGAGAACAGGGUUUGCCAGGAUUGCCAGGCGUAUCUGGGGCGGCAGGUUACCCUGGCAGGCAGGGUUUGGGAGGACCAGAGGGAAACCCAGGACCUAAAGGUGUUAAUGGCUUCAUCGGACCUCCGGGAGUUGCAGGACCGCCAGGACUGGAGGGAGAGAGAGGAGUCCCGGGUCCGCUGGGAAUCAAGGGUCCCAAAGGAAGACAGGGUGUUGUUGGCGACGCGGGCGAGAGAGGACUUCCUGGACCUGAUGGAAACCAGGGGCCCGUCGGAGGAACCGGCAGCAGUGGAUUCCCAGGCUUGAGAGGAGAUCCCGGGAUUGAGGGUCCCCGUGGGAUUCCUGGCAUUGUGGGACCUCAGGGCCUGAGCGGAGGGGCGGGGCCUCCUGGAAUGAAAGGUGAUAAGAGUGAGCCUGGAUUGAGGGGUGAACCAGGAGAAAGGGGAUAUCAGGGAGACAAGGGAACGGCUGGGAAUCCCGGCCCAACAGGACCACGUGGAAAACCAGGACCGAUUGGGAAAACGGGUGAAGCGGGCCCUCGAGGGCCUCCGGGGCCACCAGGACCCGAGGGUUUCCCAGGAGACAUUGGUGUACCAGGACCGAACGGCCCCCCGGGACCAAAGGGUCUUCAAGGAUCUCGGGGCCCCCAGGGACCACCAGGGCCAAAAGGAAUAGAGGGAGACGAAGGCCCUCCGGGUCCACCUGGAAAUCUGGGUCCCAAUGGCCGAAUCGGUCGGAAAGGUUUCAUCGGUGAAGCAGGACCUGAAGGCCUAAGGGGAGAAAUUGGAGACCCAGGGAAUGCUGGGAAAAAUGGCCCCCCUGGUCCCGUGGGAAUGACUGGAAUAACCGGUGUGAUCGGACAACCUGGAGAAAAGGGAGAUCGAGGUCCUCCUGGUCCUCUGGGUCCUCCAGGAGAGAAAGGUUCAAUAGGGUAUCCGGGUCUUCCAGGAAGUCCUGGAGAUUUCGGCCCACAAGGUCCACCAGGUCCUCAAGGGCUGAGAGGAGCUGCAGGCGUUUCUGGGCCCAAAGGACGAAGGGGCCCGAGAGGAGCCGACGGCCCUCCAGGAGAACCAGGCCCCGAGGGCGUGAAGGGUGAAAAGGGUUCUGGAGGGAAGAGCGGAGAUCCGGGAUUCAUCGGUAAAGCUGGAGGUCCAGGGAAGAGAGGAGCAGCAGGACCCUCUGGUAAAGCAGGUCCGCCCGGCGGCGCGGGUGAACAAGGCCCUCCUGGUGAACCUGGGUCCAGAGGCCCUCCGGGGGACGCGGGACCAGAUGGAGAGCAAGGUCUCGAGGGACCUCCAGGACCUGAGGGAGAGCAGGGGCCCGUGGGUGAACCUGGACUCAAGGGUGAAAUGGGGCCUGUUGGAGAAGAAGGUGAACUGGGCCAACUGGGCAUCCGAGGUCCUCCAGGGCCACCCGGAGAAGACGGGCAUCAAGGGAAGGACGGGCCAAAGGGUGAGCCAGGUGACCGUGGACCAAUGGGAGAAGCCGGGGAAAGGGGCGAGACUGGUGACUCCGGCCCACCGGGACUUUCUGGAGAUCCUGGGAAAAAAGGCUUCCCGGGACCCGAGGGCAAACAGGGUCUGCCGGGCAUGCGUGGACGUCCAGGAAAAAAGGGUGAAAAAGGUCCGCCGGGUCAACUGGGAGAACUGGGUUCGCCCGGUGAAAUGGGACAGACUGGGGAGAGAGGACUGAAAGGUGCUCGAGGAACCAGAGGACCCGCAGGUCGACCUGGAGUUAUGGGACCUCAGGGAGAGCUGGGACUGCAAGGCUACGCAGGUCACAUUGGCAAGCAAGGUCCAGCAGGCCCCCCGGGACCAAAGGGAGAAAAGGGUUACCCAGGAGAAGACAGUAAAACGCCAGGACCACCCGGGCCCUUAGGUGAACCAGGCACUCUAGGAGAGAAAGGUGAACGUGGGGAGCCAGGAGAUAAUGGAUAUCAGGGUCACGCAGGGGUCACAGGCGCUCGGGGAGCCCUCGGUCAGCAGGGAUCUCCUGGAUCUCCUGGGCUUCCUGGUGAAGCAGGGGCCAAGGGCGAGAAGGGAGUUCAGGGACUCGCCGGUAAGAAAGGAUCCCGAGGUCUCGCUGGAGCUCCAGGUCUAGAGGGUCCGGUGGGUUUUCCGGGGCCCAGAGGGACAGACGGGUAUCCGGGAUCCGACGGGCUUCCCGGUCUUCCUGGUUUACCGGGUCUCCCCGGAUCGAAAGGCCGAGCAGGUAACCGUGGUGACAUCGGUCUGGAGGGGAGGGCGGGGCUUCCUGGCCCGCGGGGGGAGCUCGGUCUUCCAGGUGUGGUUGGAGAGAGAGGGCCAGCGGGGUUAAAGGGUGAGACGGGUUUACCGGGCGAUCGAGGACCUGCGGGUGUGAAGGGCAUGGAGGGAGUGACGGGGGACCAGGGCAUGAAGGGAGAGCAAGGAGCCAAAGGAGAACCAGGUCAGGUGGGAGAUGCUGGCAUGCUGGGACUCCAGGGUUUUCCGGGACCCAAGGGUCCAAACGGAGACUUUGGGUUCACCGGGAUUCCUGGACCCAAAGGCCCAACCGGUGUUCUGGGUUUCUCUGGUCCGGUCGGUCCGCUGGGGAUGAUCGGUCCGGUGGGAAAGCCUGGUGCCAGAGGGCCGAAAGGAAGCCGUGGAGAGAUGGGGCCUCGGGGGCCGCAGGGCAUGGCGGGGCCGCAGGGACCUCCAGGUCCGCCCGGCCCAUCGAGACGCAUUAACAUGAACGUUCAAGCCCUGAUGGAGUCCAGUGAUCAUCUUCAGCUGGAGGGUUUCCAGAACACAGACGCGUCUCCGUCCGAGCAGAACGCGGAGAUCUUACGAACGCUGAAGUAUCUGAGCGGCGUCGUGGACAGCAUGAAGACACCGCCGGGGUCGAGGGACAACCCUGUGCGCUUCUGCCGAGACCUGCUGGACUGCCAGAGCCAGAUGAGCGACGGACUGUUCUGGGUGGAUCCGAACCUAGGCUGCACGUCUGACUCCAUCCAGGUGUUCUGUAACUUCAGCUCAGGCGGACAGACCUGUCUGAACCCCGUCUCCACUGAUAAGGCCGUGUUUGAUGUGGGGAAAGUCCAGAUGAAGUUCUUACACUUGUUGAGUGUGUCGGUCACUCAGAGCGUUUCCCUCCACUGUUUGAACGAGCCGGCGGACACUGGCGGCCGCGCGCCGAGGGCUCUGCGUUUCCAGGGCUGGAGCGGUCAGGUGUUCCAGGAAAACACUCCUCUGAGUCCUCAAGUGCUCCUGGACAACUGUGAGAUCCGCGACGGCGGCUGGCAUCAGUCCCGAUUCCUGUUCCAAACGCAGGACACGCAUCAUCUUCCCAUCGUGGACGUUCAAGGUCUCGUUCCCUCGAGUCCAGGAGACCAGCGGCGCCUGGAAGUGGGUCCGGUUUGCUUCCUGUGAAACCACUGAAGGACUUCGUCUCCGAACGGGCCGAGCGACUGACGAGCAGACGAGACCGCAGUUGUGUUUAUCUGUGGAGUCUCGGGUGCGGUGUGCCCCGGUCCAUCUCGAGUCCCGCUGUCAGACGAGGUUGUUCUUGUUAAAGACUCUUUAGACGGCACUCUACCUCCUUCACGUACAGGUGCUCGUUUCCCAAACAAACUCUACGCAAGUACGCCAGCGCAAACUCACGCUCAUCGUAAUCACUGAGUCUGAGUCUGUCAGAAACACAGCCGAGUUUAGACCUCAAGUUAGACCCGUCGACGGUUUUCUGACAUAGAAAUAACUGUUAAGACAGCAGUGUGAAGACAAAUCUUGCUGAGCAGUUAGUUGAAGAACACUAGUUAUGUUAUAAUCCACAUCCAUCCACAUAUUCUAAUGCAAAUUUGGGGACAUUAAAAAAAGCUGGAUGGAAAUGCCAUCAACACUUGCAAUAAGAUUUCAUUGGUAACUCUUUACAAUAAGGUUCAUUAGUUAGCAUUGAUUAGUGUAUUAACUAACUAUCUAUCAAUGAGCAAUGCAUUUGUUACAGUAUUUAGUAUAAUAAUAAUCCAGCUGUUUAAUGACGUAUUAUUAAAUGUUGAACUUAAUAUUAACUGAGAUUAAUGAAAGCUGUAGAAGGAUUGCUCAUUCUUAGUUCAUGUUAACUAAUGAACCUUAUUGGAAAGUGCUACAAAAAAACGUUCUCUGAUAGGAAAAUAUGCGCAUCAACUAUGAUGGAAACAUUUACCAAGACUUUUUAUUCUUUUAUUACUGAUAUUUUGCACCAAUUUUCCAGAAUGUGCUGAUGUUGUCCUCUUGAACACAUGCGAGUGAAGCUCUGCUGUAUUUGGCUAUUUCAAUAGUUGUGUUUUGCAGAAGCGUGUUUCCGCCACAGAAUAAAACACUUUAAAAGAUAAUUGCGACUUUUUAUCUACAGUUGCGAAUUUACA